AGUCUCUUUGUAACGAUUAUGUGAUUUUCCAAUUGAAUUUGUACUUAAGUUAUGGGGAGCGAAAUAGUGCAAUAUUGAACACCGUUGUAGGGAUAAAUCAGUUUAUAAAUUACCAAGUUUUUCCAAAAUUUAUUUAAAUAAUAUAUUUUUGUUUAAUACUCUUUUUAUAAUUGCUUAGUUUUUAAUAUUUUAAUUAUUCAAAUAAAUAAAGAUGGCUACUGAACAUAAAACUUUAAGAUUAGGAUCUAUUGCUCCAGACUUUACUGCUGAUUCAUCUAAUGGUCCAAUUUCAUUCCAUGAAUUUAUUGGUGAUUCAUGGGCUGUUUUAUUUUCUCAUCCAGAUGAUUUCACUCCAGUUUGUACUACUGAAUUAGGUGCUUUUGCUAAAUUAGAACCUGAAUUUGCUAAGAGAGGUGUUAAGUUAAUUGGUUUAUCUGCCAACAAUACUGAAUCUCACAAGGCUUGGAUUAAAGAUAUUGAUGAAGUUACUGGUUCAAAAUUAACUUUCCCAAUUGUUGCUGAUCCAUCAAGAAAAGUUGCUCAUGCUUUUGACAUGAUUGAUUAUCAAGAUGCUACUAAUGUUGAUAACAAGGGUGUUCAAUUCACCAUUAGAUCUGUUUUCAUUAUUGAUCCAAAGAAAACUAUUAGAUUAAUCUUAUCUUACCCAGCUUCUACUGGUAGAAACACUGCUGAAGUUUUAAGAGUUAUUGAUUCUUUACAAACUGGUGAUAAAUACAGAGUUACUACUCCAAUCAAUUGGGUUCCAGGUGAUGAUGUCAUUGUUCACCCAACUGUUUCUAAUGAAGAAGCUAAGACUUUAUUCCCUAAAUUCAGAAUCAUUAAGCCAUACUUAAGAUUAACUCCUUUAGAAGUUAAGGAAAACUAAAUUUCUGGUUAAUUCUAUAUACUUAUAUAUUUCUUUAACUAUUCUCUCUUAAGUUUCUUUAAUUCUUGUGUAUGAUUCCUAUUUCAAUGUAAAAUUUCAACAAAUUUAUAUCUAUAUACUUUUAGUUUUCGGUAGAUUGUAUAGAAUAUACUUUUAGCUAAGUGAAACUAAAACUAAAACUUAGUAAGGAGAUAUCUCCGCUAAAUUAGGGUUUUAUUUGCAUUAUAUGCAGGUGGCUCGUUAUAUCCGGUACU